GUGACGGCUGGUGGCGGUGACUCAAAGUAAAAGACAACAUAGACCACUAUCACAAGUGACAGACAGCCACAAGCAGGAAACUCCAGCGUUCGAGGACCACGUAAAACUAAAUCAGAGCUGAUUAAAGAGCAAAAAGACAAACAAAGCAAAGAAGAAAACUACAAUAAGGUUAGGUUUUUGAACAUGUCUGGAGCGGAGUUUCUGUACACCAUACCCGCGUCUGUUAUGAGUGACUUUACCCGAUUUAUGGACUCACUUUCACACUUAGACUGGAUAUUAUUCGCUUCACAGGUAAUAUCGGACCAGACCGAACUACGCCUUUUGGAGCAAAGCCCCAGACGGACAGACGACCUCAUGCACAAAUGGGGCUGUCGCAACGGGACGGUUGGAGAACUGCUGAAGAUUCUUGAGGGCUUGCAAUGGUUUAGGGCCCGUGAUAUCAUCCUUAAAUGCAGACAUAUACCGCAGUUUCGUUCAGAGCAGCCUUCAACAGUGCCACCAGUCCCUGCAUGUCAAAGCAGUACAGUUACCUUUGUCAAAGAGUCUCACCCUGUCCCCGAAGUCAGGCCUCUACCCAAGCCUAGCCCCCCACCGCCUGAUCUGGACUCUAUGAAUUCAAGAAUCUCAAAUAUAGAGUCUCUUAAUCCACUGACACAUUUGUGCCUGUGUGAGAACCGCGUGGAUCCCCCGCCUUUUUCCUCCACUGCGAUGAACUGGCCGUUUGAGGAAGUACAGAGAUGCACAUGCAACUUUUCCCCAUGCAAUCAGAUUGGAGAAGGAGGUUUCGGACACGUGUAUAAAGCUGUGAUGAGAAACACAGAGUUUGCUGUGAAGAAACUGAAAGAAGACUCCCAUUUGGACUGGAAUGUCGUGAAGGAAAGUUUCAGGACGGAAGUAGAAAAACUGUCACGCUUAAUUGGAUUUACACAGACAUUCACGUUUGAGCCUCCAGAGCCAGAAUCCAAUUCAGAGGACCGGCUACCUGAGAAUCUACCUCGUCGCCAUGCUCUGUGGCUCCAGUGCAUCAUCGAAAGUUAUUAUAAUGUUAGGGGAGGGGCCAUGAUCGGUGACUCUGGUGCAUCAUCGACAGUUAUUGGUACCAACCAGUCAUGUUCCCUCUGUUACAGCUCUAACAUCCUUUUAGGGAAUCACUUGGAGCCCAAGCUUGGGGACUUUGGAUUGGCGCGUUUAUGUCUGAACCCCAACAAAACCCCAGGCAAGACGUCCACCGUGGCUAAAACGGCUACGGUCCGGGGAACUCUUGCAUACCUCCCAGAAGAAUACCUGAAGGAUGGGCAGCUAGGAGUGGAGAUCGACGUCUACAGCUUUGGAGUGGUCAUGCUAGAGGUGCUUACUGGGCGGCAGGCUCUGGAGAUCGAUGGCCAAUCCAGAACUGUUUACUUGAAAGAUUUAGUAAAAGAGGAGGAAGACGAUGGAAGAAGCUUCAGCAAAGUGAAGCACUCGCGGGAGCUGUCCUAUGCUCAUGCAGCAGAGAACAUCUGCAGGAAACAUCUGGAUCCUCGACUGAAGACUAAAGACACAUCUACCCCGCAUGGAUCAAUGGAAAUCUCUCAGCUGGCAUGUCAGUGUUUAGACCGACGACGGAAGAAGAGACCUCGCAUGACAGAAGUGUUCAAAGCACUUCAAGAUGUGCAUUCAGGGUUGAAGACCUUUGGCAGAUCGACCACGGUCAGAAUGUCUCCCGUAUCCUCUCAUCCAUCCACCCCUGAGCCUCUGCGCUCCGACAGCAGCUCUCUGGACUCUCUCGCCCAUCAGUUCUCCAAACUCCACCCUCAAGAGAGCACGUACCCCUGCCUUCACAAGACUGUCUAUCCCACCUUGACCUCUGUCGUGACUCAGUCUAGCUGCUCAGAGUCAGAGUUGAAUGCUGAAUCAUGGGCUUCACAGUCCUCUGGCGUGCCGUGUGAAUCGGAUGAGAGUCAAGGCUUUUCUCAAUUCUUGACAAGUCACUGUAGCAGAGCUCAGGCGACGUCAUGUGGGGCCUGUGGCAUUCAGAGCAGUAAAACAAAUGGUUCUUUAGUGGAAAGCCCUUCACAGUCCAGUCCCAAUGAAGAUUUUUCUGACCAGAAAGUGUUUAUCAAUCCUAUGAGGCAGCAACUGGUCCAAAGAAUUGAGCUUUAUGAAGAGGGAAGGAUUUUAACUUCUGAUCUGCUGUCAUCAGGCAUCUCAUUAUACCGAGGGAUGAAUGCCGAAACAAGGGAGCCAGAAGAGAGUGAUGAGUUUGCAUGCGAGACAUCUGGAAUCAACAUGCAGUCGCCUGCUGCAGUUUAGCAUUGGAUGUUUGGGACCCAGCAAAUAUGUAGUUAAAAUAUUACAUGAAAUAUUCACAGAUAUCUUUAUGGUACUUUUUUUAUGGUUAUGGUAGAGAAAAUGCCUUGAUGAAUACCUCGGCCAAAGCUGCAGAUUAAUAAAAAGUGGUACGGAUGAAGAAAGCUCUGUAGUUGUGAAUCUUGACUGACAAGCCAAAGAAAUAUAAAAGUGCAUCAUUUAUUGUUAUACGCCUGUUGUUUUGGCGAUCCAAUGUCUGUCUGUUUGCUUGUUGUUUUUGGCUUAGUUCUCAGCGACAUGUUUUUGUUUUUUUAUGACAUGGUCAAGUUUUUGGAUUAUGGCCAAAACACCUACAUGUAUGAGAGUACUAUUUAACAUGAAUGACUAAUCUGUUUCUAUGGUACUAAUUUGUGAUUAUGUUAUAGAAAUUGAAUUAAACAUUUAGCCCGUGCGAUUUUCAUUAUGUAACAGCAAUUUGACAGAUUUCUACAAUCAGCCCUUUACUUUUUAACUGUAUACACUGUAAUGUAACAACUUGAAAAAUUGAUAUCAGAUACAACUAUUUAAUCUGCUCCUUAGAAAGAAAGAAAAACAGUUCAGUUUGGGUCAUUUAUUUGUGUGAAUGAAAUACAACUCUUGUUUAUUGGCAGUGGAGUGUAUUAGAAGCAUAUGAUAUUUACAUGAAUUAUAUGAUUAGCCGAUUCAUUAUUAUUCAAUUUCUUUAUUUCACACAGAGGCCAUAAAUAUAUGGUAGAAGAUCAUGUUGGAGUUACAGGAGAAAUUACCACGUUAACCAUGGAUUCUGCUACAUAAUAAAAAUAUAUUUUACAUGA